AUGAGGAAACUAUUUGAAAAAUAUGGGAAGGCAGGAGAAGUUUUCAUUCACAAGGAUAAAGGCUUUGGCUUUAUCCACCUGGAAACACGAACCCUUGCGGAGAUUGCCAAACUGGAGCUGGACAACAUGCUACUCCUUGGAAAACAGUUGCGCGUGCGCUUUGCCUGCCACAGUGCAUCCCUUACUGUCCGAAACCUUCCUCAGUAUGUGUCCAAUGAGCUUUUGGAGGAAGCCUUUUCUGUGUUUGGCCAAGUGGAAAGGGCUGUAGUCAUUGUGGAUGAUCGAGGAAGGCCCUCAGGAAAAGGCAUCGUUGAGUUCUCAGGGAAGCCAGCUGCUCGGAAAGCUCUGGACAGGUGCAGUGAAGGUUCCUUCCUGCUAACCACAUUUCCUCGGCCUGUGACUGUGGAGCCCAUGGACCAGUUAGAUGAUGAAGAGGGGCUUCCAGAAAAGUUGGUUAUAAAAACCCAACAAUUUCAUAAGGAACGAGAGAAGCCACCCAGAUUUGCACAGCCUGGCUCCUUUGAGUAUGAGUAUGCCAUGCGCUGGAAGGCACUCACUGAAAUGGAGAAGCAGCAGCAGGACUAA